GGGGCAGACAAAGUUUUCAAAAUAAUCGCCGAAAAUCAUAUGUUUUCAUUCAGCUCAACUGUGUUUUUCACGCUAGAUAAUAUACUUUUCCUAAAACUUAAUAGUAUACUUCUAGUUCUGGCUACCAUAACUUUAAAUGUCGCUUUUUAUGAUUUUUGACUGGCGCGACUUUAAACAGGUCUGUCAAUACUAUAUGAACUGUACGCUGAAGUUUCUUUAGCUAGUAUACUUCAUAUGAUAAUACUAUAUAAUAGUGUAACAAGCCCUAAGCCUUAUUUCAUUUAGCCAUGUCACUCCCAGGAUUGAACAAAACAGAAGUUAUCAUUCACCAUUCAUGUGACAUGCUAGGGCGUAGUUAAUGGGGAGGCAGGGGAGGCGGCCGCCUCCCCAAUAUUUCGGCUAGUCGUCGUUAUAUAAAUAAAACGUGAAAUCCCCCAAAAUCGCCUCCCCAAAACCAGUAUUUUUGUAAUCACGCGCCGUCAGUGCAGAAGCCAUGUGUCCCCUCUCCGUCUGCUCCGAGGUUAUGUAUCGCACUUGAACCAUCAGCUGUUCCAAGAUGGGUCUGGCAAUGCGGAUUCAGUUCCACACACACAUUGAGGGUGAUGUUGGGAGGUGCAUACCCAACACAAAACACCGCAAGUUCCCCAGCCACCUCAUCAAACCUGCUGGCGACUUAGUCCUGGAGACUAUGACAUAUCCGAUGAAUUGUUGGCUAAACACUAAAGUGUCUCCCAACAAUGUGUACUGGUGGUGUGAUGCUCAGUUCCUGCCCAACGAUGACAACACAUUAUUCCUGACUGGCGGGGCAUACGAUCCCCGGACGAUGCAUGCAUGGAACUCUGUCAAGCAUGUCCGCCCUGGUAGAGUCAUGAAGCUGGACCUCAUGAAGGCCUCGGCUGUUGUUUUCCCAGAGAGCAGUAUGCCCAACUUCCCCAACAUUCAGAUGCAUCUGUCUGGUGAGUAUGUUGGCUACAUUGGACCAGAGGCAGUGAAGAUUCAGACAACAAACCAUGAAGAUGUCUUCAUAAAGCAUAAAGAUAUUCGUAACUGCAACUACAAAUUUUGUGCCUUCUCACCCAACGGGAAGUACCUUGCUAUACUCCUUUCUGUAUCGAAAUCCUUUGAAAUUAUCAUUUCCAGAGUGGACAAGGGGUUGACCUUUCACGAUAUCGAUCUCCCGCUGUCUCGCCACAUCCAGGGGUUCAAAGGUCAUAGCUUCAACGAACACGUGGAGUGUAAGUGGUCACCAGAUAGUGAAUAUAUAACAGUGUGCUCAAAUAUCGAAUACGUUUUCGUACUUAGCAAGAAUCUUGAAAUUGUUGUAGAUAUCGCAGCCGACAUUCUUCCAGCUAACGCAUACCCCAGUUGGUCUGGGACGUUUGAUUACGAUCCAAGGUCAUGCCAUGAUAUCCUAGCAGUCGGUUGCAAGGACAGAAAAGUGUAUUUUCUGAAUGUUUCCUCAAAAGAGACUUUUCUUCAGUCUGAAGUCCUCGGAAAAGACGAUAUUGACUCUCUAGCUUUUCAUCCGCAAGGUACUUCUAUUGCCGUGGGAACAAGGGACUUCAAUAUUUAUUUGCUAUCUACUAACGAUGCACAGAUGGUGUUUCAAAUUGACAUGAAUUUCCAUGUGCCUGAUCUUACAGUGAAAAAUUCCAGUUUUCCCUCCAUCAUGAGGCUGUCUUUUUCCUCGACUGGGGAACAGUUGGCGACUGCUUCCAGCGAUGGAAAGGCGAGGAUUUGGCAACUCCCUGUCGAUAUAUCCCUCUUCAGGCUUUGCAAGUGGAUAAUUAUGAGCCAUGUUCCUGGCACAAAAUUGCAGCAGUUGCCUUUACCUAAGCAGAUUGUGUCCAAACUGUUGGAAAUGCCACGUCACCCAUGAGACCUGGUGUAUAGUUGCCCAAAAUUUUAACUGACAGUUAUAUUUAUAGCCAUUAAUUUUUUGAUAAUUUUUUUUUAUUUGACUUAAUUGUUAAGAAUUGGCUGUGUUCUUAUUGUAAACAAAUUUGUUUGUUCAACAAAUUUGUGUAUUUGUGUAAUGAAAAUAUUGCCUUUUAAUAUUUAUUGUAUUGUGGUCUGAAGUUUUAACAGAUAAUUAACUUAACUGGACAUUAAAGUUUAAAGUUAUCAGGCCCUGGUGGAUAGUGGGUUGGAAUUCGAAAAGCUCUUGUUGGACUUAAAUGUUUGAAAUAAAAUAGGCAUGCUUGUUUGAGAAAUGUAUUAUUUUGUGUCUGUUGUUCCAUUAUAAAAAAAAACACACACUAGAUUUUAGUGUAUAUUUUUUGUUUAUCUUAAUUGCACAGUAUUUUUUAUGCCCCCGGUAGGAGGGCAUAUAGUGAUCAGACUGUCCGUCCGUCUGUCUGUCACACUUUGCAUUUAGGUUUCAUAAAAUGCUCAUAACUUCUAUAUCCCUUGAGAUAUAACCUUCAUAUUUGGUAUGCAUGUGUAAAUGGACAAGGCCUUUCCAUACGCACAAACAUUUUGACCCCUGUGACCUUGAAGUUAAACUUAGGGUCCGCGUUUAGGUUUCGAAAUCUGUGUUUAGGUUUCGAAAAAUGCUCAUUACUUCUAUGUCCCUUGAGAUAUAACCUUCAUAUUUGGUAUGCAUGUGUAUAUGGACAAGGCCUUUCCAUACGCACAAAAAUGUUGACCCCUGUGACCUUGAACUUAGGGUCCGUGUUUAGGUUUUGAAAUUUGCAUUUAGGUUUCGAAAAAAGCUCAUUACUUCUAUCAAGCGUUUAUAGGGGGCAUAAGUCAUCCUAUGGUGACAGCUCUUGUUUUGAGAAAUGUAUUAUUUUGUGUCUGUUGUUUCAUUUUAUAAAAAAAACACUACGUUUUAGUGUAUAUUUUUUGUUAUUUUAAUUGUACAGUAUUUAUUGUUGUGUUUAGUUUCCAAUGUACAUGUAUUUGUAUUAUAAAAAUUGUUCUGUCUUUUAGUUGAAGUAAUAUGGAUAAAAGAGGUUUCAUAAUAUUUUGAAAAGAAUAACUCAAUACAGAAAUAUUUUAUGAAGUAAAGAAGUCUCUUAACACAAACAUGUGCCAUAAUAAGAGUCAACAACUAUGUCCUUAACAUUUUUGUAUUGUUUCUAUAUUCUGUGUUCAUUCAUGUUGAUGAAAUAGUUUUCCUGUCUAUACAAAACAUACAGGAGUAAGUUUAAACAUUAAGUUGUUA